AUGAUGAAAGAUAUGAAAUACAUGCAAAGAUGGGGGGAUGUUGCACCAGCACUUCUGAUAUCUCGGCAAAGAUCACGUUCAUCUGCUCCGAAAUUGGAGACCAUUGUCGAAGAAGGAUCUGGGAACUUUCGAGCUGCGGGCGUGCCCAAGAGAAUAGACCCACGGGAGAAGAAAGAAGUGAGAAGAUUGGACUAG